AUGAGCUCCGGAGCUGUCUUGAAGGAAGGAUGGGCAACCAAAUGCGGAGGAUUCUGGAAGACAUGGCACAGACGUUGGUUUGUUCUUACCGGCAAUAUUCUUGAAUAUUCCAAGCAACCUGGAGUAACACCACAAGGAUCAAUAAAUUUAAACGAAACAGGUACCAUUUCAUACGCCCCUGAUUGCAAGAAGCAACCAGCUCUUCAGAUUGUUUGUCCAGACCGUACAUAUUAUAUGGUUCCAGAUACUCCUCAAGAAGUCGAUGAUUGGAUCGAUGCUCUUAACAAAGCAAAGCAGUCAGAAAAAAAAUCACGAACAACAACAACUCCAGACGAUUAUGCCAUUAUUCGAUACGUAUAUCAUGGCCUACAUUCAUCAAUUUUAGAAGUUAGAGAUACUUUGACAAAUAGAACAUAUAUUGCUAAACGCUACUCCACCGAAGGCCUUGGAAAUCAAACAGAUGAACUUGAUCGCUAUCGCCGUGAGCUUAUGGGCAAGAAAAUUCCAUAUGUAUGCCCAUUAGUUGAUGUUGUUCAAGACGAGAACUGUAUCAUGUUUAUUUCAGAACCACGUCCUUCAUCUCUUGACCAAGUUUUGAAAGCCAAACCAACAACACCAGUUUUAGCCGAUUCUAUCUUCACAGAGAUCUUAGAAGGUCUUCGUAGCCUACACCAACUUGGCUUUAUUUAUGGAGAUUUCCACAUUUCUAAUGUUCUCAUUGAUUAUCAAGGACAUGUCUCUCUUUCUAUACCAGGAUUUGUUCUUAAACCAAAUCCAAACCAAGAGCGAUACUUAUCAUACCUUUCCCCACAGAUUUUGAACGACGAGAAACCAUCAUCUCGUUCAGACAUGUGGGCAGCAUGUAUUAUGCUUUUCUACAUCUACACUGGCUAUGUACCAUACGUUUCAUCAACUAUUCCAUCACUUAAAGAAGAACAGAAGCAACCAAUCAAGUAUCCAAGUCUUAUUCCAUCAGAAACACAGAAACGCCUUAAAUCAUGGCUGGAUCCAGACAGUCGAGAAGAACUUAAAGUUGGAACAGACAUGCAUCUUCCAAACUACGAAGCUCCAACACUUUUAGUUGAUUUGAUACCGAAACCAUCAGAAGCGAAGAAGUCAGUCGAAAACAUUGAUGUUUCACAUGAAGCUCUCAUCAUUUCGUUUUCAUCAGGUAGCGCAAUUCUUGAAAACCUGUAA